AUGAGUGCAUCUACAACAACCACAACCCUUAACACAGGCGCAAAGAUUCCUUUGCUCGGUUUUGGUACCGUUUUUGAAGGAGACGACUACAACCUCUUCAAAGAGUCACUAAGAGCCGCUUUAUUGGUGGCAAAUUAUAAGAUGAUUGAUACUGCUUGGUACUAUGGAACCGAAAAGUCGAUUGGGGAAGUUUUAGAAGAAGUUUUCAAUGAGGGUAAAAUCAAAAGAGAUGACCUUUUCAUUACAACCAAAGUCUGGCCAUGCUUUUGGAAUGAUCCCGAAACAUCUCUUGAUACUUCGUUAAAAGAUCUUAAGUUGGAUUACGUUAACCUUGUCUUGCAGCAUUGGCCAAGAUGCUUCAAGAAAGUCGAAGAUGAGAAUGGAAGAGUCCCUGUUCCAAGAGAUGAGAAGGGCAAUAUCCAAUUUGAUGAAGAUGGUGAUUACCUAACUACAUAUAAAAAGUUAUUGAAGUUGAAAGAACAAGGCAAAGCAAAAGCUGUUGGGGUUUCAAACUAUACUAUUGCUAUGCUUGAUAGGGCUAUAGAGGAGACCGGUGUCAUUCCUGCUGUUAACCAAGUGGAAAUGCAUCCUCAUCUACCUCAGGUUGAUCUCUACAAUUAUUGUAAAGAAAAAGGAAUUGUAUUGGAAGCUUUCUCUCCUUUGGGUUCUAGUGGUGCACCAAAUUUGAAAAUUCCUCUAGUUCUUGAAUUGGCAAAGAAGUAUGACACUCAACCUGCAAACAUCAUCAUCAAUUGGUGCAUCUCUAAAAAAAUUGUUGUUUUACCACGUUCAACUAACAUCGAGAGAAUUAAAAAGGGUUACGACCUGGUAGAACUAACUCCGGAAGAGGUGGAGUCAUUGGACAAAUUCGGUGAGCAAAGUCCACAUAGAUUUGUUCGUGACGACUGGGGUAAAGGUCUAGGUUGGGAUCACUGGGACUAA